AAAAAAAUAAAAAUAAAAAAAAUAGUGUAAUUUUAAAACGAGUAUGCAAUGUUGCCACAAAAGAGAGCUGCUUUAUCCAUCGAAGACAAUGUUCAAACAGAUUCAAAUCAAGUAGAAAAUGAUAAAAAUAAGAAAGCAAAGACAAAGCAAUUACUACUUGCCUUAAAUAAGAUCUGGUUCAAUGGAUCAGAAGCUGGUUAUAAACUUUUCGCUGAAGAAUAUAAAUACUACACAUCAAAUUCUGUAAUCAACAAAAAUAAACGACAACCAAAAAUGAAACAUAAGAGGUUAAAGAAGAGUAUUCAAAUGUUGAUUCCUAUAGAAAAUAAUAUCCCAAUAUCACCAGCACAGUCUCGUCUGACAAUUGAACAUAAACCAGCUCUUUACAUUUUUAAUCGCAUCCUUUCUUCUCUUCAGCAUCAAUACUUACUUUCAGGACAAACUAUUCAUUCAACCAGAUUACCUUUACAUAUUGAAACAUAUAACAGCUUUUUAAAAGAAUGUCAAGAAUCAGACGACGAAGAAGAAGAGGGGGAGGAGUUUGAGGGUGAAACGAUAAUAGGUUCAUCCUGUUGGACACCUAACGAAAAAAAGAGAUUUUUUAUAGCGUUAGAAAGAUGUAGUAAAGGAGAUAUAGCUGAAAUUAGUCGACGCGUGGGACCAACGAAGACAGUAGUAGAAGUGGCUAACUAUAUAAAAGUACUAGAAGCAGCUUCACGCGUUAUCAAAAAGGAACCCAUGGAUGAUGCAUAUUCCGCGAGAGAGAUGUCACCGUUAUUUAUAGUUCAAGAAAAUAGAUUUGCUGAAUUAUUACAAUUUAUGCUUGAAACUAAAGUGUAUGCAAAACAUCAAGAAGUACUCGAUUCACAACCAGAGUGUUUACAAAAGGCGUUAGAUUUAUUUGAUAUAUUCAACUUUUCAUCAAUGAGUUCAAUCUUCUCAAAUACCAACGAUAUGACCAUCUUGUCUAGUUCAAUUGUACAAUAUUAUCAACUUGUAAAGCAUUUUGUUAUAGACAUCAUUGCCUCCUUAUAUACCGAACUUAUUCAUGACUCAGAUAAGGUGGUUACCAGAAGCUUGAUGAAUCAUGUGAUAGCAAAAAGAGAAAGACUAUGGAAAUCAUUAUUAACCCACUCAAGGGAUUCAAGGCUAAAGAAUUUAGACAUCAUGUCUAUGCUCUAUGGAGUACAUCGAUCUGUCUUUAGUAAUAAUAAAUCCAGUAGCUUCCUUGCAAAGAGACGAAGACAGCUUUCUCCUAGCGAAGUGGACGAAGAAGAGGAUGACGAUGAAGAAAAUAAAGAGAAGAGCGAUGGUGAAGAUAAUGAAAGAGAUGAAGGGGAGGGCGAAGAAGAGCAUGAAGAAGAGGAUGAAGAAGAAUAUGAAAAAGACACUAAUGAAGCAAGCAAUAGUACAAAUGAGAUGGUUAAUGAACCAAAGGAUGAUAAGGCGAUGGAAGCUGGUGUGCUAAAACAAAAUAAUGACACUGUAUUGAAUCCUGAUACACAAGAGUAUGACAACGAUGAAUCAGAUUCUGUCGCUGAGGAAGAAAACUUGGAGGAUGAAAUGCUACAGCCAGUCGAUGAUCAAGAUAAAUUACAGCCAUAUUAUGUUAGAGAAAAUGAUAGAUAUAUAAGAAUGCCUGCAUUCAGUGACAUAAAAGAAGAAGAAAGCAGCACAUAUUACGAAGAUGACGACGAUAUGAAUGAACAAGAAGAUGAAGAGACAGAAGAGCGAAUGAGACAACUAGACAAACAAUACGAAGCGGAUUUAAUAAGGAGAUUGUUAUUCUUUAAUGAAAAUUCAUUAUUAAACAUGAAUCAUAGAUAAAC